CUCCCUCUCUCUCCUUUUCCUUUCCCCCAACUGAGAUAACACAUAGAAGACAAUUGAAUUGAUGAGCUCUGCAAACUCUGUUUGAUCGAAGCCUUUGUUUCAGACCAUGGCAGCGGCAGCAGCAGCUUUCCAAUUCAUCACCCUCCUCUCCCAUUGCUCUGUUUUUCCACUUCUUCUCCUUGUGACGCCAUGUUUGUCAUCCUCCUCUGGCAAUAACAACAGUAAUAAGAUUCUGAAGAGAUGCGGAUUCGAUGCAAUCUACCAGCUGGGAGAUUCCUUUUCAGAUACCGGGAAUCUGAUUCAGCAGCACCCUGAAUCAUGGUUUGGUCGCCUGCCUUAUGGAGAGUCGUUCUUGAUCAAGAAAAGGCCAACGGGUCGUUGCUCCGAUGGCUUGUUGAUUGUUGAUUACCUGGCUAUCUCGGCUGGAAUCCCUCUGCUGGACCCGUACCUCGACCCGAAUUCCAACAUGGGUCGAGGCCGUGGAGCGAAUUUCGCGGUCGCCGGUUCGACCGCUCUGCCGCUCGAUGUCCUUUCGGAGAAGGGAAUCUCUCCUCUGCUCACGAACACCACUCUCAGCGACCAGCUUGACUGGAUGUUCACUCACUUCAACAGCAUUUGUUACAGUGAACAAGAUUGUGGCGAGAAGCUUAAAUCCGCGCUUUUCAUGGUUGGAGAGAUUGGAGAAAGUGACUACUUUUAUGGGUUGUAUCAGGGCCGAAAGAUUGAGGAGGUGAUGGCGAUGGUUCCUGAUGUUGUUGAAGCUGUAAAGAAUGCAGUCACGAGAGUCAUUACCUAUGGUGCUAGACGCAUAGUUGUUCCAGGAAAUUUCCCAUUUGGCUGUUUACCAAUCUACCUCGCCAAAUUCAAAACAAAUACAGCUUUGGCCUACGACGAGUUCAGCUGCCUGAAGAAGUUGAAUAGCCUCUCGAUCCUUCACAAUGAACAUCUCAAACAAGCAAUCCAACUUAUGAAGAAGGACAACCCUAAUGUGACCAUAAUCUAUGGAGACUACUACAAAGCUUACCAAUGGAUCCUCAACCAUUCCACAUCACUAGGUUUUAACGCAAGAUCAUUGCAAAAGGCGUGUUGUGGAGGUGGAGGCGACUAUGGAUUCAACUCCAAGAGAAUGUGUGGAGCUGCCCGGGUGGCGAUUUGCCCAGACCCGAAUCGGCACAUUAGUUGGGAUGGAGUUCAUCUUACCCAAAUGGCUUAUCGGAGAAUUGCAUCCAAGUUCAUUGCCGAUAUCUUCCCGCUUCUUCAUUGUCGUUGACUUGUUUCAUACACAGUUUUGACGUAUCUCCAUAGACAAAGAUAAAAAUCGAUAACUGAUAAGAUCAAUAAUUCGAUGCAUAAUCGUUGAAUCGUGUGAAGAACCCUCCGUAUAAGACUAGCAAUCAUAGUGAUCAUAUAUGUGUAAUAGAGUUCAGGCACUAUUUUAGACUCGGUUACCAUUCAAUGGGUUGUCAUUGAGACUAACAAUUCUAAUUGGGUUAUAAUUAGGGCUGAAAGUUUUGUACCGGU